UAUAAAUAGCCACAUUUUCAACACCUUUUACACAACACAAUUUCAUAAGCAAUUUGCGUUAUUUGCCUAGUUGCACUUUUGGCCUAUUGUCGUUUCUUGAAAUUUAUCCUUUUUUCAUUUACUUGAAAUUUUUUGGGAAGAUGACUAUCCUCAUUGAGCAGCCUGAAUUUGGUUUGCAAGUAGAGGAGAAACAAAUCCCACACGAUACCAAUGAGCUUAUUUUGGAUGGUGGAUUUGUGGUACCAAAGCAAUUGUCUUGUGACGGUGGAUUUGAAGUGCCAGAAAUCAAUUCAUUUGGCCAAUCAUUUAGGGAUUAUAAUGCAGAAAGUGAGAGACAGAAGACAGUGGAAGAAUUCUAUAGAGUCCAACAUAUCAACCAAACAUAUGACUACGUUAAGAAAAUGAGGGAAAAAUAUGGGAAGUUGGACAAAGUGGAAAUGAGUAUUUGGGAAUGCUGUGAGCUAUUGAAUGAUGUGGUGGAUGACAGUGACCCUGACUUGGACGAACCCCAAAUUGAGCACUUAUUGCAGACGGCUGAGGCUAUUAGAAAAGACUAUCCAAAUGAUGAUUGGCUUCACUUGACUGCCCUCGUUCAUGAUCUUGGAAAAGUACUACUACUUCCUAGCUUUGGGGAGCUACCUCAAUGGGCUGUUGUUGGAGAUACGUUCCCAUUAGGUUGUGCUUUUGAUGAAUCAAUUGUUCACCAUAAGUACUUUAAGGAAAAUCCAGACACCAAAAACCCUCAAUACAACACCAAAAAUGGUGUAUACAAAGAAGGCUGUGGACUUGACAACGUUGUUAUGUCAUGGGGGCAUGAUGAUUAUAUGUAUUUGGUUGCAAAGGAAAAUGGAACUACUCUUCCUUCUGCUGCUUUGUUUGUCAUUCGUUACCACUCUUUCUAUGCGUUACAUAGAGCAGGAGUAUACACACACUUGAUGAAUGAGGAAGAUAGAGAGAACAUGAAGUGGCUUAAAAUUUUCAACAAAUACGAUUUGUACAGCAAGAGCAAAGUUAGAAUUGAUGUAGAAAAGGUCAAGCCAUACUACAUCUCCCUCAUUGAAAAGUAUUUUCCAGCAAAGCUCAGAUGGUGACUGUUUGAGUUGUAAUGAGAAAGUUGUGGCAAAGAGAGGCAUUUUAGUAGUAGUGGAUUAAGUGUAUAAAAAUGAGUAAAAUUUUCAAACAUAGGCCUCUAAUUCACCACUGUUGUUAUUAAAAUUAUUUGUGCUUUGGCCACUUUUCUGUUUCUGAAAAUGUAUUUCUUUAUUUAAUUCUUUAAUAAAUGAAAUUUUCAUAAAUGCAUUGGAUA